UUACCUGGUCACGCUCGAGUACCCACCCGAUGUAGGUAAACGUACCAGGUAGUGUUUGCUUCAGACUGGCGUGGUAGCCCAAGACUAACGGACCUCGUGCUAACUGUCAUGGAAUAGUUCGGAUUAUAUCAGUAUUCAGGAACGAACGAGACUGGGCAUGUCAUUUUACAAAGAAUGUGCAGCAUGACAAAGUAGAGACUAUACAACUAUGGAGUUAAAAGAACGCAGCGCCUCCCUUGAAUCCAUUCCAAAGGAUCUCCUUCAUAGAUUAAAACAGUUCCGAUCUACCAACCACGAGUGUCGACGCUCACGUGAGGACAGCGAGGUUGAGACUUGCCUCAAAGACACCGAUUCCAUCCCGCCUUCCCCACGGUCAACACUUUCUGACGACGUUUUCUUUAGAUUUCCCAAACGUAAUGUUGAUGUUGAGUCGGCCGACGAGAAGCCGUCACAUCAUGUGUAUAGUGACUCCCGUAUUCCGUCCCCCGGCUCGGACAAGAACAAUUUCUCUAUUUAUGGUGACAAUUCUGACUGGAUGUUAGCAGAGCGAACGAAACCCAGAUCCCCUCCAGUAUCACCAAACAGUGCUGUCCAUUACCUCGGCAGUGGUUUUACCCCGAUCGCCGACCAAAACAAGGUGAUGCAUGAAAGGACACCCGUAAAGUCUCUACACUGCCAUCCUUCGUUUUCUCAAAACAUCGAUCCUGCCAUGAAAGGAUCGCCAAUGAAAUCGUCACCGGUGCCAAUGAUGAAUUCAGAGUAUGGCCUUCAGACCUGCAUGGAUCGAACUCCCAUAAAGGUUCAUCAGGAACGCCCUAGCCCACGGAGGUCCCCAAUGAUGCAGGCCAUGUUGGACAGACCUUACAGGGGAAACCGAUCACCAUCACCAUAUUUACGAGAGACAGUUGAGCGGGGGUCGGGGUUGCACCCUGAAUAUCAAAGGGCCAUGUUUAUGGAGGAGCUUUCCAAGCGAGGAGCAAGGAAACAGCUUUCCUUUGACUUUUCCAGUCGUCCUUAUCUGUGUUCGGAACCAGAAGUUUACGCUGACGUCAUGUACCCUCCAAGAAGAAAUCGGUUCAGGGCGAACUCUGAUAGUGACGUCACAGAGAUGGGAGAUCAUCAUGACGAGGACGAUUCUCGCCUGAUCAAGAAAUUCCUUUCACAUCUUAACCAGCGUAAGAGAAAAGCGUCUGACAGAUUUGACAGUGAUUAUGAGGACGAUGCUGCCAUCCUCGCUAAAAGAAGACGAAAAGAAUUGGAGAAACAAAGGAAUUUGAACUACUUAAAGCAACUUGAGGCAGAUGUGAACAUUCUCAAUAAUAAACUAUGCAAGCCGGAACCGGAAAUACGCCCAGACAAUUGUUCAUGCGCAGUGAUGGAAAAGCAAUUCUUAAACAUGGCCGAGAACGCAUAUAAAAAUAUCCGUCGUCAGGACAUGAGUGCAGAGGGGUUUGCGCAGUUCCGGAAGGAGCUCGGUGACACCAAUGACAUUCUCAAAGAAUCAUUACAAGUGCUACAACAUAUGAAAGAGUUCUGCGAGCAUCGUCAAUUACUGCGGGCUUGAUGGUGUGGAGAUAUGAACUCUAGGUUUUAUUAGUCCUCAGGAACUUACAGAGACAAUUAUUUAAAUCCGGUCCACUUGAGAUGAUGAUUUCUACUAAUUUAUUCAAAUAACUAUUCUAUUUAUUUUUAAUGCGAAAAAGUCUUUUAUGGAACGUUGCGAGAAUUGACGAAUUGAUAGCAUAAUAUUGUAAUAACGUAAGCAAGACCAUAGAAACAAACACGGAUCUAUAAUCCUAAGCCUGAAUAGUAUUACUGGAGACAAAACAUCAACAGUCAGAUUUCUGAUACAUUGUAUAUCCAAUGAGAGGCAUUCUAGAUAAUUCUCGCAACGUUUCAAGCUUUUUCGAAAAAAAUGUUCAUCUAUUGAUACAGACGGCCGUCCAAUCUAUCUGUUCAAGUAAUAAUUGUGUUCAGUGAGCAGGGAGUGCUCAUCGUGUGUUGUUAAUUGUAUUCCCGGAGUCACAUUCGUGGCUUUUUCUAUCUAUAUUGUUUUUAUUUCUCAAAAUAUUUAACAGAUGUUUGCCGUUUUGACUUUGUUUAGUUUAUGAACAAAUACCCCUCGUGUGUUGAUAAUUGUUCAAUUUACGAACAAACAUUGACUUUGUGUUCAAGUUUGAUAAAGUGUUCAGCGUUGAUUAUACAAUGUACAAUUAUUAUCUUGUGUUCAGGUUGAUACGUAGUUUUGUCUACUGGAGAUGAACAUAUGUAGACCGAAAACGAAGUCACUCACCAUUUUUAUGUUUGUAAACGUUGUCGAAUGUUGAUUGGUUGUGUUUUUAAAUGGUACAUUCAUAUGUACUUGGUAGUUUUUGAAAUUAAUUUUGUAAUUCUGUGAUAUGAAAAUUAUAACCGGAGCAAAAUACAGGUACUUGUCUUAUUGAUGAUACUUAUUUUCACAUUUUGGAACUUUGGAGAAAAAGUAAAUUCUUCUCUGGUAUCCAUAAAAAUAACUACAAUGAAAUAUCGUAUAACUGGACAAAUCAAUAGACAAAUGAAUUUUGAUGAUACAGCUUUCCCCAAAAUUUACUGAUUUUGAAAUACAUAUCCGCGGUUUAAAAACAAUUAAUUGUGAGAUGUGAUCUAUAUUGGAAGUAGUUAUUUUAUAUUUAAAAUAGUAUAUUUGAAAUAUGUUUUUUAUCAAACGUGUGAUCUAUUUAUAGCGUGUUACCUCCUAGGUUGUAUGUAAGUAGUAAGUAAUACUGUUGUACGUAGGUGAUCAAGUUUUAAUUUUUGACAUUAACGUAACGAAAUACAAAAAUGAUAUAAAAUACACAUUUUAGUAACAUUUGGUUUUUAAAUCCUCAUAAUAUUAUUUAAAUAAGAAAAAAACUGUAUAGUUGUUGUUUCUGACAAUAUUCCUACGUGAAUCUGUUUACUUGGAUUUUAAUACUGUACCACUCAAUAUUAACACAAUCUGUCUCACAUAUUAUUUAAUUUAUUUUAAAUUAUUUAUCCUCUGCCGCCCAGAAAGGUCGUGCAGCCCUUAAUUUAUUCCCUCCAUAUAUAAAUUAUUUUUAUCUUCCAUGUAUGACGCCGUCUAAUUAUUACCCAAUCAAAAUACAGCUCGUCCGAAACUCCAUUACUACAUAUGAGCUGUCGUUUGAUUGGACUUGGCCGAGCACUGCCUGGUCCAAUGGACUUGGUCGGGCGCUGCUUGGUCCAAAACUGCAGAUGAGCUGUCGUUUGAUUGGACUUGGCUAGGCACUGCCUGGACCAAUGAAAAGUAGGAGUCAGACAUGGAAUUAACCUAUAUAUAAGUAUGAAGUAGACGUAGCGGUAUUUAUUUGAGAACAUAUUUAAUGAUUUUUUAUAUGUCAAUCUUCCCUUAUCUGUCCGUCCACAGAGGAAAAUGACUUUUGUAUUAGUGAAUAUUAUACGUAAAACAUUCAUACAAACAUACAAUACAUUCCACCACUGUUUUUCAUAAUAAAAGAAAAAGAUGAUGAA